CAACUUCAUCACCGGCAUCGUCAUCAUCAGCAAAAACAACUUCAACAUUAUCAGCGGCAAUAAUCAUACAAGUAAGAAGGCGCGCUAACCAAUGGGGAAAAUUAUUGGCUCCACUCCUUAUAUUCAAUGAAUACUAAAUUACAUGUGUGAAGCAAGUUUAUAUUUUUUUUUAUGUUUGUUUUGUGCACCUGUGUUUCGUUUCCGAGGAUUUUCCGAGGAUUUAUAAUGAACUUAAUACCAAGCCGAUUCCAAUUUUUGUCUGAUUCUGCCAAGGUUUUUGCACCUCGGAAUUACUAGCUGACUCGUGAAAUACACAGACGAAAACCAUGAGCGACGAAAUAGGCUCUACACUUUGCCCGGUUAGUGAAGAAACAGGAGAGGAUGACACCAAAAUUUGUCCGAUUAAGGAAGAAAUUGACAAAGAUGGCCGUAAAGACAAAAUGUAUGGCAUAAUUAUUCAAGCCAUCGUCAUCUAUCUUCAGGAGACGUAUGGAGAAGAGACAUGGGAAGCGAUUCGUCAACGGGCAGGCAUUGAAGAACACAGCUUCAGCUUACAUGAGAGAUAUAAGGAAGAUACUAUCGUUCGAAUUUGUGAUGCUGCCAGUAGACUAAUCGGUGUCGAUCGGAGUACCAUUAUGAACUCGUUUGGGGAUUCUUUCGUUGCCUACGUGAGUAAAUAUAACUAUGACCGCAUCUUAAAAGUGCUCGGGCGAAACCUCCGAGAUUUUCUCAACGGGCUUGAUAAUCUUCACGAAUAUCUGCGCUUCUCCUACCAAAAUAUAGUACCGCCCUCUUUCUUCUGCGAAAAUGAACAUAAAAUGGGUCUGCACCUUCACUACCGCAGCUCGCGGAAAGGUUUUGUGCAUUAUGUAAUCGGACAAAUUAAAGCCGUCGGUAAAACCUUCUACGACACUGACAUUGACGUUAAGAUCAUAAAACACGAAGAAUCUGCUGACUCGUCACAUGUCAUAUUUGAUCUGAGGUUUCAAAACGAAGGUUUUGAUACUCAAGUUAACAAUAAGAUCGAUGACAAAGACCAAUUCAAAGUUCCAGCUUAUUUUUUUCGCAAUCUUUUUCCAUUCCAUAUUCAAUUCAAAAAGAAUAUGGAUAUUGUAAGUGCUGGCUCGGGACUUCGAGCAAUUAUACCAAAUAUAACGAGCAAAAACCUUCUGGAUGUUUUUAUUCUUCGGAAACCGGUUUUCCAGUUUAAUUGGAAAAAUGAGUCUUUCGCAGAGAAGAUCCUGAUGUACACCAACAAUGUGUUUGAACUUGAGUCAAAUGAAAACAUAACACGACAUCGUGACUGUGUAAAGAGACUGGCAGCUGAAAACGAGGAAGGCCAAGAAGAUAAUGAAUUCAGCAGUACCCAUUUAUACUUGAAAGGACAGAUGAUGUUGGUGGAAGACUGGAAUUGUUUAAUGUUUCUCGGAACACCCGUAAUGAAAUCAUUGGACAAUAUGUUUGCCACCGGACUCUUUAUUAAUGACCUUAGUAUGCAUGAUUGUAGCCGAGAUUUGGUCUUGGCUGGACAUCAGCAGUCAGCAGAAUUGAAACUUGCUCUAGACCAGGAGAAACUAAAGAGCGCUAUUCUGGAGAAAAGCAUGCAGAGAUUGGACAAAGAAAUGAAACGAACCGAUACCUUACUUUAUCAGAUGAUUCCCAAAAGCGUGGCAGAUCGCUUGAGGGAUGGCGAAGACUCGUUAGAUACAUGCGAGAUGUUCGAUAGUGUAACAAUCCUAUUUAGUGAUGUUGUCGGCUUUACAAGUAUCUGCAGUAUGAUUACCCCCAUGGAAGUCGUUGGAUUGCUGAACUCCAUGUACACAAUAUUCGACAACAUCAGCGAGAAACACCAAGUAUAUAAGGUAGAAACUAUCGGUGAUGCUUAUAUGUUAGUAUCUGGCGCCCCAGUACGAAUAGAGAAUCAUCCUGUUGAAAUAUGUAACAUGGCGCUGGAUAUGGUCUCAGAAAUUGACGUAGUAGAUUCGACAGAAAUCUGCGAAAAGUUAAGAAUACGAAUAGGUAUUCACACAGGACCCUGUGUAGCAGGCGUUGUCGGUGUGAAGAUGCCACGGUACUGCCUCUUUGGAGACACAGUGAAUACAGCCGCGCGGAUGGAAACAAACGGAGAGGCAAUGAAGAUCCAUAUUAGUGAGAGUACAAUGAAGGCUGUGCCGCCAAACAUGUUUGAUGUGAUGGAAAGAGGAGAAAUUGACGUGAAAGGUAAAGGUCGCAUGAAAAGCUACUGGCUGAGUGCGAAAACGAAGAGAAUCAAGCUACCGAAUCGAAGAAUCAAAAUAAAAAAGGCAACCAGCGUGAAAUAUAAGGCGGAACACAUUAUUAUUGAACAAACCGAAGAACUAGACGAGCGUCUAACACCGGAUAAGCUACUAAACGACUUAGAAAACCCAGAUACUGUGCAUUCUGAAAGAUCUGAAGUGUAUUCUCCAGUUAGUUACGAAACAACUGAUAGCUCCUGUGGGAGCUCUCCGGGGCGGCGUGCUAAAAAGAAAUCCGCCACUCCAACGUAUUGCCCCGUUCACUGCAGCCGCUGCUUAGAGAACAACUCGAAUACAGAUAUUUGCAAACAGAGUGGCUCGACAGAAUUGUUAACUAAGGCAGAUGGUAGCGUGUUUAAAUCGGAUUUUGCUGCAGCAAAUGGAAUGCCGAAAAGAUAUGCGUCAAAAACAGGCAAAAGAAACAGCAGUUUGUGUUCUCUGAUUUAAUUCCUAAAGUCUAUUUAGACGACUCUAGCGGCCAUAUCUAAAAACCAAACAAAAAAAAUCAAGUCUAAACAAAAAGCAAAGAGUAUAACACUGUUUUAUCAUAUUUAUUGUUUUGGUUUUGGUUUUUGGUAACAUUUUUUUUUUCUUUUUGAAGACUGAUAUUGUUAAUUACGUUAAUAAUAUUUCAAUUACGUGUCAUGACCGAUUCUU